AUGCUGUCAUUGAGCUUGUCCUUUCAGAAAUUAUGCUUCUUUCUCCUCACUGGAGUCACUCGGACCCAAGCGACUCUUCCCUGGUCGUCCUCCGCCCCGAGUGCUACCCUGAAUAAGAAAGAUGACCAAGUCUCCUUUGAUCCUCUUGGUGUUGCGGCAGUGCUCUACAACCCCCGAGCUGAUAAGAGCGCUGCCCGGCUGUACACUCAGUAUGACCGGGGUCUGUUCACCUGGCCCCAUAUGACGAUGAUCGGGGGCACUUUACCUCCAAUGCAGAUGCUAAUGGAGAGUCUCACCGCGACGCUCAGCGGGAUCCAUCCCGCGAUCAAAAUGUGUGCCAAAGACACGACUAUGAUUCCCGUUCGGUCAGAUAUCUCGGGCAAUGUGUUUCGCCAACUGCCUGUGAAUCUGAGUAAUGUCUGGCUCGGUGAAGCAAUCUCGUUUCCCACUUCGAGUUUCCCCGGUAAUGAUUUCGCCGUGGUCUACGUAGAUGCCAUGCACGAGGAUAUUAAAAAGAGGAAAGAUCAAAUAAGAAAAUCUCUCGGCACCGUCUGGUGGUGGACUUAUAAUCUGUUGCUCGAUCUGAUCGGUCUGGUGAACGGCGCCAUGCUCAUUACCGGCAUGGUAUGCGCCCUCCUGCUCGCGGAUAUUUGGGCUUUUACGCUGUUUUUCCUGUAUGGAUUUCACUGGAUGUCAUCGGUGUUUGUCUCUCUCACCAGCAUGGUCAAGAUCCACAAGCCAAAGACCAGAGAGGACUCUACCAUCCGAUACGCCGUCUAUGAACGAGAGGAGGGCGGGACCGUCGUCUUCAAGGGGCCACAGGACAAACUGGAGGAAUGGGCGCGGUCAACCUGGGAGUAUGACCAAAAAUGGACCAAAGACUGCCUCCAUUGGCUUUGGGUCGUUUCCGGGACAUUGUCUGGCAUCGCGUCUGUGGCGUGUAUGGUGAACAUGCGCAGCUUCAUGCAGCUGGCAUUCUUAGGGGGUUUGCUCUAUUCAUCAAUUGCUGAAGUAGUGGCCACCAGAAUUGCGCGGAGUCUCCAAAAGAUUGCCCACGGCACGAUAAACAUGGUCAAAGUCGUGGGGAACGAGUCUCGAAGUCAAGCAAUCAUCAGAUUGACUCUCGAAGUCGACCCCAGGUGUCGGCUGACGGGACUAAAUUGGAUCCAACUGGGUCUGCUCCCAGACAUGCCGGUAUUUCAGCGAAUGCAGACCCUUCUAUUUCAAAUCAAUGAGAUACAGAAAGCUGAGCAGGCUGAAGGAGAGCAGAAAAUGGAAUCGAAAGAGGCACAAAUCCAGAUCUUGGAGAGUGUUUUAGGCAAUUCUCCAAUCGAUGACGAACAGGGAGUACCAGUAAACAACUGGAGGAACUCAGCUAUGGAGAAAAUGUUCGCCGAGUUCGAAAGCCACGCGGUUGGUUUCCCACGACGCUUGUCAAGACGUAUAGUCAGGGAGAUGAAGGAGGCCUUGGAUAUGCCGCUAUUGCCCUCGGACUUAGAUGAUUAG